CCCUUGUUAGUUCAAAGCGAACUCGGAAGUGAUCUCUGAUAUGUAUAUGUCUAUAAUCAGCAAUCUAUAGAGACUACGGAAGCAAAGUGAUUCCGCAAAACGCCCGUGCGUUCCUUUCUGGUGUCGUUCGAGAGUACGAAACUUACUGCAGUAAAAGUCAUUUGGCCAACCCUCUAGAGAUGAGCACCAAUAAAGAUGAGCUGUUUUGUAAGCCAGUUGAUGAUGGAAAAGCUGCUCUUGCCGCUGCGAUGGAAGAUGAGAAUAAGCCAGAUAAGCCGAGAUCUCAGCCAGAGAGUCGAACUUGCUCUGGUCCCCACAGUACAGUGAUGACAGACAAUACUAAGCGAUUUAAGCUAAGUAGCAUCCAGGUGCAACCCACCCAAGAAAGCCCUGGGAUGUCACAGCCAAAGGCAAGGAAGGCAUCAGGGCCUCCAGUUACCACAGAAGAGAAACGGAGAAAAGGGUUUUUUAGCAUAUCGUUUUCUAAAGGCAAAAAAGAAAAAGGCACUCCUUGUGAUAAAUUGUCAAGCACAAGCAUCAGCCACAAAUUAAUUGCCAAUGAAGAUAGUGCAUGUCACCUGCAGAGGGCUCAAGCCAAUGUCUUGAAAACAUCUCUAGUCCAUCAAGAGAAUUAUUCCAAGAAGAAAGAACAGCUGCCUGCAUCAAUCAUCCCUUGCCCAAUGGAGUUCUCUGUAGACGUUGUGGAGGACCUGUACCGGGAUGCAGAUGAAAUAGAGAGAGAGAAAGUGUUACUUGAGAGUGGGACAGUCUCUUCAGAUUUUCCAGAAAAUAAACUAAGCGUUGAACCGGAAGUAGAUAUAAUGGAUUAUUGUCAAGAAGAGUGGCGAGGGAACACAUCCCAUGCUGAAUGUAUUCGGAAGGGCUAUGAAGCUGUUUCACAUAAAUUUAUUUCAAUAAGAAGAGUGCGAGGAGAUAAUUACUGUGCUCUCCGGGCAACACUAUUUCAAGCACUUUGCCAAGCUGCUCAACUUCCUCAGUGGCUCCAGAAAGAAGACCUGAUGUCGUUACCAGAGAAGUUGAUGGUCAAAUAUGAAUGGAUCACACAGUGGCGACUCAGGCACACAUGGACAAGUAAAGUGGAAAGUCUGAUGGAUGAAAUUAAAGAUUGUUUAAUGCUACUAAAAAGAAAGUGGAAAAAUAUGAGUGACAUAAAGACCUUUGUAGAGAGGCAAGCAGCCUGUGAUGAGCUUUUCAGAAGUGAAGAAGAGGAAUACAAACUCUAUGAAGCGGUAAAGUUUCUUAUGCUGAGCACCGCCAUCAAAUUGUAUGAAGACAGUGAGAAGGGCAAAGAGGUUCCUGUGUUCUCUUGGCUUUUGUUUGCUCGAGAUACAUCCAGCAAUCCUUCCCAGCUAAUGGAAAACCACUUGAAUCAACUUGGUCACUCAGGAGGCCUUGAACAAGUUGAAAUGUUUCUCCUAGCCUAUGCUUUGCAGCAUACCAUCCAGGUUUAUCGACUGUACAAGUACAGAACAGAAGAAUUCAUCACCCUUUAUCCCAAUGAUCCAGAAGAAACCUGGCCCAUGGUAACCCUUAUAACAGAAGAUGACAGACAUUAUAAUAUUCCUGCUCGAAUGUGUGAAGAGACCAGUUUAUAGUAGUUAUGAUUUCUUUUCAGUUAUAUAAACUGAAUAAAUGAUUUAAAAGCAA